UCUGCCACCUUUUGCUGAAACAGAACAUUUUUACAAAAUUAUUAUGAGUUCAAGGAACAACAACGCGUGUCACGCUAUAGAGCUAAACCUAGCUGUACGUUAAGUUUCAAGCUCUGUACCACGUGGUGAGGUUUGAGGCACAUUAUCCAUAAUAGACGUUUGAUCUUUGCCACCGAGCUACACCAAGAUAAAUAUACAUUUCCGGUAAAGUGAGAUGCAUAUUUAUUAAUAAGGGCUAACACGGGGGCAAGUUUCUAAGAAAAAAAAACGUCUUCAGAAAUACAUUAAGUCAAAUUGGUGAUACGCACAUUUUGUGUGUAGUUGAACUUUUGUUAACGGAGAGAGAGAGAGAGAGAGAGAAGGAGGAAGGGGAGGGGGUCUGCUACUGAAGAGCGCCCACAAUAAUAGGAGAGAGGAUCAGGCUUCCGACGAGCACAACUUCAGAGCGUGCUUAAACUUUUACAGACAUCUUUCUAAUGUCGUUAAUAUUUCAGUACGGUCGGUUUAUCGCACUCAAUGAUUGCCAGCGCUGCUGCUUGCAUUGCUUAUAUCUAUGAAGCGGAAGUUGCAGCAAUAGGAAGUCUGAAAAGAAAGAAGUUAAGAAACUGAGAAGACGAGCGGGGUGUCGAGAUAUUUUGAAUUUGACCCCAGAGAGUGGGAAUCCGAGCAGGAAUGGACACACACGUCAAAGAGGGGCAACUUUACGUGCAGCACCAGAAGUUUGGCAAGAAAUGGAAAAAGAGCUGGUUUGUGUUGUAUCCUGCCAGCCAGAAUGGAAUUGCACGGCUAGAGUUCUUCGACGGCAGCAAUGUCAGUGAGAAACCUAAUACCAAGAAGCUGGACAAGAAGAUCAUCCGGUUGGCUGAGUGCAUCAGCAUCCUGCCAGCCGUCACCGAGGCCUGUCCCAAAGAAAACAUGGCCGCUUUCUGUGUGGAGACCAAUGACAAGACUCACAUCUUUGCUGCUGAGAAGCAGACCACUGCUGAGUGGGUGGAAAAGAUGUGUGAGAUCGCUUUCCAGAAGGGCAGCGGGACAGACUCCAAUGGCCAGGAGCUGCAGAUGGCAGACAACCUGAUUUACUACUCCAGGGAAGAAGUGAAUGAGUACUGGGUGAGUGUGCAGCGGACGGAGGCCUCGGAGCGCUGUAGCCUCCAGGGCACGUACUGGCUGAAGGCCGACAGCGAGAGCCUGAUCCUGAAGGAGCCCAACACCAAGAAGAUGCUGCUGAUGUGGCCAUAUAAGCUGCUUCGUCGCUAUGGCCGAGAUAAGGUCAUGUUCUCAUUUGAGGCGGGACGGCGCUGCGAAUCGGGUCCUGGGAACUUCACCUUCGAGACGAAGCAGGGUAACGAGAUCUUUGCGAUUGUGGAAGCUGCUAUCCGGGAGCAGAAGGCCCAGGCAGAAGAGCGGCACCAGAGCUGUCCAUCACUGGAUCUGGACAGUGGCUCGCUCCAGCAGAAUCGCUCUCCCAAUUCUGAUAGCGGCGGCGACCCAGAUGCUGAUUCUGGGGGCAGUAAGCCUGGGUCAGCUGAUGGUGUCUUUGGGAGGAAGGAUGCGGAAGGGAAGAACCUGAAAAGCCGCAUGCUUCCAGAACCCCCUCCCCCAGUGUCCAGCACCCCACCCCGCUCCCCUCUGACCCGUGGUACCAGGAGUGCCCCUCCUGAGGAGGACCAGAGCAGUUUGUACUCUGAGCCAGCAGAUUCAGUACGCAUUCCCCCCUCCUCUGUGGACUACCUGUACUCUGACCCUGUGGACAGCAUCAAGACCCCCAUGCCGGUGCCACGGCAACGACCCCAGGGGGAUGAAGGUGCACGCAACCAGGGCAACAAGCAAGAGCCAUUGUACUCGGACAUCUACGACCGGGUAGACCUUACACAGCGGACUGCAGCUUUGGUGCUCGAUGGGAGGGCGCGAAACGGAGCUCGGCAGGUGGAAGGGGCACCCAUGGAGCACAUCUACGACGAACCGGAAGGUCGCGGUACACCCCAGGGGGCCACAGUUUAUGACGAAGCCCGAUUCGAGCCCCAGGCCUGGAGAAACCGAGGGCUGGAGGACCCCCUGCUUGGCCAUGAGUUCCCCUACAACUCCACAACCGAUGAUUACUCUGUCCCAGCAUACAGCAAACAGCAACAACUCCGAGCCAAGGGCCCCAAGCCUCUCCCAGCCCCCAAACCUAACAAGGCGUUAGUGCCUCGUAAGGACCCGCCUGCACUGCCGCAAGGCAAGGUAGGUGCCAACCUGAACAACAACAACAGCGGUAACGGAGCUAAGCACACAGAUAUCUAUAGCCAGAUCGCCAGACGCAAGUCACCAUCCAGUGCUUGGCACUCCGGCUUGUCAUGCUCUCCUGAUGUCAUCUAUGACAACCUUGGGAACAUCUAAGUUCAUGCAUUCAUCUCACCCGUCGUUUUAAGGUCUGCAACGUUCCUUAUCUGCCUCUUUGUAAUGCCCCCCUGACUUAGGAAUCGCAGGUGAGUGCAGAACUAGGAAAUUUAAAUAGUGCCUUCUGCUGGCAGGAUAUGCACUUAGAUGAGUUCUAUCACCACCUCCUCGUCCUGUGGUGGAACAGGUGACUGUGAGCCUGGAGCCUCUUUGCUGUGUCCAUUGCAUGCUCAGAGACCCUGGCAGAGCAGCUGAUGGCCUUGUCCUGACACUCAGUUUUGAUGGCAUGGGGGAAGAUGUGGGGAAUCACCACGGGAUCUUUACACAGUUCCCACUUGGAGAAGAAGAGAGACAGUGGGCAGGGGGAGUGGCAGAUGCUUGUUUGGCAUAGUUUGCUCUCACUGGAAUAAGUUUUGCACAGGUCUCACUUUCUGCCUCAGGAAGAGGUAACCACAGCAGGAAUGUGGCUCUGUUGCUCCAGGGACUCCUGCAGUCCCCUUUCUGUCACAGUACUGUUGCCCAGCACUGCUGGUGGACUCGUUGAAGGUUACGGAUUGAAUGAAGGCUCCUUAAUAUCAUCUUGCUGUUUUAACACCAGACCUGUCACUGAGCUGUAAAGCGCUUAUUUCUUAACAAUCUGGUAUCAUCACUCCUGAAACAUGCUGGGCUAUCUUCAGCACUUAUUUUUAUUAUUAUUAUUAUUUUUUUUUAAUUAUUAUUAUUUUUUAAUAUAUAUAUAAGGGAUAGCCUCUCACAAAACCAUGAGCCUCGGGUGUCAACCUGUUUGGGACAGCAUUAGGUUUUGAGAUCGCCACAUGAGUUCUGAUAAUCAGACAGCAGCAGCCAGAAUUACUUGGGCUUGUUUUUAAAAGACAGAAUAUUGACUAUAGCUUGUAUUUUACAUGCAGUUAAGCUAAUUCACUAUCUCUUAUGCUUUUCUGAAACAGCUGCACUGUUGUAAAUAAUAAUAAAAGUAUAUUAAAAUAUACUUUUGUCAUCAUUCACCUGAAUACAGUAUUCAUGCAUGCUGGUUAUUUGAAAUGUCAUUACCUUUUAGAGUUUUCUGCCAUUAAACUGGCCAUUAAAAAUGGCACAUUGUCUGAA